GGGCGAAAGUCUAUUUAAGUAUUUAUGUGUAUUUAGAUAUAGGCAAACACGCAGAAGUGAAGAUCCCGAAAGGUAUUUAUUUGGCCUAGAAUCCUAAACCAUGGCUCGUACCAAGCAAACAGCUCGAAAGUCUACAGGAGGAAAAGCCCCUCGUAAGCAGCUUGCUACAAAGGCAGCCCGUAAGAGUGCACCAUCUACUGGUGGAGUCAAGAAACCUCAUCGUUACAGGCCAGGUACCGUUGCCCUUCGAGAGAUCCGUCGCUACCAGAAGAGCACUGAACUGCUCAUUCGCAAGUUACCAUUCCAGCGUCUGGUCCGUGAGAUUGCUCAGGAUUUCAAGACGGAGUUGAGAUUUCAGAGUGCUGCUAUUGGUGCUCUCCAGGAGGCAAGUGAAGCUUACCUGGUAGGUCUCUUCGAGGACACCAACCUGUGCGCCAUCCAUGCCAAGCGUGUUACUAUCAUGCCUAAGGAUAUUCAGUUGGCUCGUCGCAUCCGUGGAGAGCGUGCUUAGAUGCAACUUAGCGUUAUUAUUCAAAUUCAUUGUCUGCACUUUCAAUUUUGUCUAGUUCACCUUGUUGGUACUUGUUUCAUAUUCUAGAAACUUUUUUCUUGUAAAUACAUUACAUGAGAAAUUAGUGUUUAGUCAAAGGAGAAUACUGUAUAGUUAUCAUCUACUGAGCCGACAUAUAAUCUGUUAUCACUGAGAUGCUGUAUUCAAAGCACCUUAUGAAUAAUCAGAUAUUUUAUUACAACAUUUCAUACUUCAACCUGUACACUGAUGUUCAUAUUUGCAUGUGGGAAAUAGGGAAAAAAAACGUUUUUCCAUCUGUAUGUAAUUCUUGCUGGUGUACUUAUACCAUCAGUUUGCUCUAAAUUUUCAUAAGAUUGAAGUCAUAUGGAGGAAAUUACCAUAAACAACCAAAUAUCUAGAUUCUGACCAGGACUGUUGACUUUUCCAGUCUCAGACAUCCCUUAUAUGUGUAAUCUUCAGUACUUGGCAACUGGUGGUCCACAUGGAGUUAUUAAAGUUAACAGUAUUGGGGAAAAUUACAAUCCAAUAUGGAUAGAUAGUAAUAAAAAAUGUUUUGCUGACCAAGUAACCACAAUAUUGAAAACACCUACUCACCUGAAAGUCAAGACAUUAAGUUAAACAUAGAGCUUCAUUAACAUCUACGCAGUAAUGACAAGGAAAUCUAAUGCCUUACUGCACAAACUUUUGAUAAUCACUGGUUACAAAAAAAGCAAACUAAAAGACAAACUAUGUGUCUGGAAGGUUGAAAUUAAUUGUACAUACGGUAUAUCUCAAGUUUGUAGAAUAGUGUUUUUGUGAAUAUGUUUGUAUGGAUGUAUAACCUAGAUCAGGUAACAUAAUAGAUGGUGUGUUUCAUAUUUGUGAUUGAAAUAAAAUGUAUUAACCAGAUAUUGUGGGUGCUGUGUUGACAAUACAAAUUUUCAUAGGUUGGAUCUGUAAUAGUGUUCUAUGUAUUUCUCGUUAUCAAAUAUUUCUUUUCUUUGUUGAGGCUUUUUUUGUACAGUGGUGUUUAUUCAUAUAUGGUACUGUAUCUGUUCUUUCUCAGUCAUUUCCAACAGGAUUUCUGGUGAUUUUUCAUUUAAUACCAUUGAAACUCAAUGAUUUUAAUUGCCUCUCUCAUUUUUAUUGUAUGAUUGAUAGUAUAAGAAGUUGGUUGCAAUCUUAAUAAAUUGUUAAUAAGCAUUUGUUUGCAUUUUUAUCAUUGACAUUAAACUUCCUGUUUUCCCCAGACAUUAUACAGCAAUGUAAAAAAAUGGAAUGAGGAUACUUGGUUUGGAAAAUAGCCUUGUUUUUAACUUGAGAGUUUUAAAAUUAAUAUAUUACCAGAUAGAUGGUCUACAUUCUUAAAUUGGUAAUGAGAAAGAAGCAAAACUAUUCAUUUCCCAGAUGUUUGUUUUGAUUUAGUAUUGUCAGUAUUUUCUUAAAUGUGUAGUAUUCUGGUCACAUUUAUAAAAUCAAUCAUGCAUCAGCUAUCAAGAUUUUGUUUUACACCCAUAAUGUAUAUAAAAUUAAUAUUUCUUUUAUAUGUGUUGGAUGCUUGAGUAAUCAAUUGUUAGCUACUCAAUAUAGUUCUGAAUUGUUUAUUAUUAUUAUUUGUCGUUAGCCAUAGCAUGUAUUGUCAACUAUACACACCACCAGUUGGCUUUACAUUUAUAGUUGGUGCUAUAUGGCUAAUUACAAAUAAUAAAAAGAGUCUAGAACUAGACUAAUAGAGAACUUGCCCCCAUGGCAGUUAUAUUUUGACUCCCCUUGGUACUUCAUGUAUGACCAAUUCCAGAUAAAAUGUACUCACAAAGGACCAAAUGAUUUAAUGCUGAUGUUUGAAGUAUAUACCACUCAUGUAUGCAAGUUCGGUCAGGUCAUAUUUUGAAUAUGUGUAUAUUGAUUUUGCCGGGGUGAUUUUUUACCCACCUCUCAUUCUUCACUACCUCUAUGAACUUCUCUGCUGCAGGAUGAUAUAAUAGAAAGUGGAGUCUUUCAAAUAUGCAGACAAAUAUCCACAAGUAUUAUAUUAAAUCUCCAUUCAAGCAAAAGAAGAUAUAGUUUCCAACUGUAAGUAAAGCAAGUAAAUCAACUGGCCUGUCAAUCUAUCUUUACUUCAUACAUGAACAAAUUUUGUGUAAGUGGUAGUUUUACAAUAAAGAAAGGUGAAGAAAGAA